AUGUGUAUGGACGCAUUGUUGUAUUCACAGAGAGGCGUUGGCAGCCAAAAAAAUGCUAACUGCAACGAUACAAGAGUGUGUCAAAUUCAUAAUAUAAAAUCUCGUCCACUGAAUUCAAGAAUAUUUUCCGGCAUGUGCCAAGAAAUGGGAAGUGAUCACGAACAUCUUCUUUUACACUGUGAGAUUAAAUAUGAAGCGUUCGCAAUUGAGUGGUGCACAAAACGAAAACACGCAGAAGAGAAUAAAAGAAAAAUAGCCGAAACAAUAAGUAAAACAAAAAAGUUAACAAGUUUUUUCCGUCCCCCUCAAUCUGGGCCACCGCCAUCAGAUGAUAUUCCAAUUCCAGGGACGUCAAAAAACAGUGAAGAAAAUUAUACGAUUCAAGAACCUUGUGAUUCUGAAUUUGAAACCUUGAAUAAUACUGAAGAUAUAAUAAACGAAACUGAAAUUAACACAGCACCAAAUCAAGAAAAUGAUCCAGGGCUAUGGCUUGAAUUUUCAAACGUUGACUUGGAAUAUUGGCUAUCUUGUGGACCAAAUGACUGUCAAAAUCACAAUAGUUCAUUUGAAAAAUCCCGUCGAACUUAUGGUUCAACAUCGCGUUACUGCCAUGAAAAAGUAUUUAUUGGCCGAAAGCCUAAUGGCGAAAACUACAAAAGAGAGUGGCUACUUUAUUCGCCGUCUACAGGAUCGUAA